UAACUUUCCAACACGGUCCCACCCUUUUUAAAACUCUUUUUGUUGUUGUUGCUUUUACACACGUAUACUAAUCCCACUGAAAGCAGAAAGGGGAAGGAUUGAAGGACCACCAUGGUUAACUUGACCACAGAGCUCAUAGCCAAGUCCAGGAACAACUUCAAGAAAAAAAGAGGCCUCUCCCUCCAAGAGUAUCUUAGGACCCUCACCCACCUCCACUUAUCUGGGCACAACAUUGAGUACAUUGGCGACCUCUCCACAUGCCGCAACCUGAGCGUCCUCUACCUGUACGACAACCGCAUCACGCGCAUCCAGAACCUGGACUACGCUUGCAACCUGACCCAUCUGUACCUGCAGAACAACAACAUCACGCACAUUGACAACCUGGGCCAUCUGCAAAAUCUCUCCAAAGUCUACCUGGGCGGUAACAGCAUCUCACUGGUGGAGGGUUUGGAGCGCCUGGGCAAGCUGGAGGAGCUGCACGUGGAGAGUCAGAGGCUCCCCCCUGGGGAGAAGCUGCUUUUUGACCCCAGGACCCUGUGCUCCCUGGCUACAUCUCUGUGUGUUUUCAACAUCAGUAACAACAACAUCGACGAAAUCCGUGACCUGGCCGUGCUGAAGGAAAUCAAACAUUUUUACGCCGUUGACAACAAGCUGCACAACGUGGAGGAGCUAGAGGACGUGUUGGGGCCCUGGCUUUGGCUCUUUCAAAUGGAUUUACGCGGAAAUCCUGCAUGUAAAACCGCUAAAUACAGAGACCGAAUGAUCAUGGCCUGCAAAAAACUCAAGGUACUGGAUGGCCGCGACAUUCAGGAGGUAACCAGACAGUUCCUCGUCAACUGGAAGGCAUCCAAACAGGCUAAGAAGAAGAAGAAGGAGACGGUACCAUUGAACUCCCCUCCAGUAACGAAUAACGUUAGCAUGGGUCAGGGUGCCCGUCCAGCUCACGUCUGCUGCCACAUUCACGCGCAAGGGUGGAAGCCGCAGCAGCAGCCUCACAGGGUGCAGCAGUUAAAAAGCUCUCUGUACAGACAGCUCAACCACAUGGCCGUCAGACGUACAUAAAUAAUUAAUUACAUAGCUUCAAUGGAUGAACUAAAAUGAGUUUGAGUGUUUUUUUGCGGCUCUUUCAGUGUAACUUGCUGGGUGUGCAUGAAUCAGUGGGAGAUUUAACAUAAAAAAGUGACUUCAAGCUGUUAUUCUUGUCAUUUUCUAUUGAUAGAAAUUAUACAUUCCUGGCAAAAUUGUCUGUUGCUUUUUGUUGUUGCUCAAAUCAGACAUGUGCACUGUCAUAUUUUAAAUUAUAAAUGGCAAAUUGUGACACAAGCAUCCAAAUGGAGAUGUGUGUGUGAGGUAAUUGGGUAAAUAAGCUUACCUGACCUUCCUCUACUUAGCCAGCGAAUGAGUGGCCCCGCAGGAUACUGUUACUCAGUCCUUACAUAAACAUUUUUUUUUCUCUAUCGGGGGCUAUUUUAUUUUACUUUAUUUUUUUAAAGUCCUCCAACAGCUGUAUUAAAGUUUUGAAACCAUAAGAAAAAUGUUUUGGUGCCAUUUUAUAGCAGUUCCACUAAGGUUUUGCAUGGCAGGCCUAAUAUGAGUAA